GAAAGAUUUAAAAUUAAGACCAUACACACAAAAGGAAAAGGAAAAUAAAAUGAGCUUCACAACAAAACUUAGUAUGUGGUGGGGAAGUGUGGUUACUGGUACUGAAAGCCUUUUUGGCAAAAAGAAAAAACGCAUUAUUACUCAUGAAUACUAUAUAGGUACACCUCCAAUGCCUCAAUUUUGUAUGGAUGUUCCUCCAGAUGUUUUAGGUGAAUAUAAUGUUCUUCAAUAUGCUGAUGGGACCCAAGAUGUUGAACAGGAAAGUAUUGUACCGAUGAAUUCCUCAGUAAUCCAGCGAGAACAUGUGUAAAAAAGCUCUAAGAUUUGUAUCUAAGGUAUAUGGAAAAUAUACAAUUGCCGACAGAUAAAGCGCUAAACUUUAUCAUGAGGUAAAGAAAUUUUAUCGAAUUUUUCCUCUCCAUCGUUAUAAAAAUUGUUAAUCUACUUUAAAAAAAAAUCAUUGUUGUUGCGCAUUAUUUUGAACAUCUGUAUCUUGAUUAUAAAAAUAUAUUUUUCUUAUUUGGUAAAAAGCGAAAAGAAUUUAUUUUUCAAAAAUCUUGAUUUACUUUUUUUGUAUUAUAUUGUUUGCCAAAAUUUCUUACUUCUUUUUGGUACUGCCAACACUAAAUAUAUAAAGAUUUAUGAACCAUUGUGCUGCUUGUAACGAUCAGCCUGGAAGACUCACGCAGAGUUAUAAUAAGUUACACCAAAGUUAAUAUGUUAUUGAGUUUCUUUCUUUUUACUAUAGCUGAUGUGUGUGGGAUACGUAUUCGUCUAUAUUUAUGAAAAUUUUAUAAA